GAUGAAGGUGUUCUUUCUCAUCAUCGAGCAGCGCCGUGUUUGUUGCAGACAAGAGUAGGCAGGUGCAUACAUGUAGUUAUAGCAUCUUCAGUUGAUAAAGAGUAUACAACACCACCAUCACCGUCAUUACUUCUCUAUCAUGACAUUUUCUGAUUUCUCGUUGUCCUGUUUCUCAACACCCCUGUUCUCCCACGCGGUUCUAAACGAACCUUCUCGUCGCAUUGUGUUGGCGGUGGCUGGCAGAGACCCUGCUGAUACCCAACCACCCCUCAUCACAGCUGCCACACUAAGAUGGACAACCCGCCUCGCAUAUUCAGAUGCCAUUGGCCUUAAAAGCCUCUCGGCGCCUGAUGCGCUGCUAUCAUGCAUCUGGACCUGCAUGUUUUGUAGACAAUAUUCUGUUUAUCUGUAAUUUUUGCGUGCUGUUAAUUGGUCGAGUGUCCGACGUGGAGGAGUUGCCGUUUAAUUCCAUAGUGUGUACAACACAUCCAACAUGAGUCUCGGCUUUGACGAUGUUGAUCCCGAACCAAACCGCGCAAAUAGCAGUUACAAACCCAGUCCCUCGACGAGUGAACCGCAGCCGACAGCCUCACAGGUGACUGUUGUUCACCAUCCUCAUUCCGAGCCCAACGGUCGAGAGCACAACCCUCCAAUGGAGGACUCGCCUGUACCUUACGCCCCGUCACCGCCAGAGCCCCCGACCCUUGUUUCAGUCCCCUCAGACGAAGAGAUCUACGGACAUGAGAGAUAUGCCGGCUACCGCGCUGACUAUCCUGAAUAUGCCUCCUCGACACCAGGGCUGACGCCUUCAGUGCGUUUCGAUCCAACGCCGUUCGUGAUGGGAGGCAUGCAAACGGAUCCCUUGGUGCAAAGGGACUUCAAAGACGAUCUCGUGAGGGCGGCCGGCGUUGUUACCCCAGGAGUUAGUGAUGUGCCGUACAUUCGAUAUGCUCUCGAAGCUAUCACGGGCCAAAGCGGCGAGAGCUCUAGAGUCCUGCCUGGGAACAACAGACCUGCCGCUAGCAAUUCAGCCUAUCUUCCACGACCUCAGACAACUCCUCAAUUCAAUGCCGAGGUCUCUCAACCACCCCCUAUUCGCCAAUCCCUAGUUGCUAUUCAUGACCGUGAUGAUCCCGUGUCGCGCGGUUGGCAGACACCUUUCCAUGCUCCUGUUACGCCGAGGAUAGAGCAACAAACGCCUACUGACGAGCAACAACCACUCGAUCAGCCAGCUAGGCAAGUGGUGAGACAACCGGAGCGAUCUCGCAUGAACGAUAUGGCCGAUACCUUUUACCGUGCCAAAACGUUAGUUGAGCAGAGCUAUGUUCCCCAGCCUCCAAACCAGAGUCCUCCACGAACAGUUGAUCUCUGGCGAGCCCAACCAGACUCAACCCCCAAUCACGACCUGGAAGCAAUGGGGUACGAUCGUCCCGUACCGCCUCCACUUACACAUAAGCCUUGGAUUUUACGAGCGCCAUCCCUACUGCUGCUUGCCGUGCUCUGUAUACUCAUCAUAAUAGCGCUUAUAUUCUCCGCUGUAUAUUCAAUUGGUCAUAAUGGCUUCACGAGCUACGCUGGUACGAUCUAUGGUGGUCAAUACUUUCUCUUUCGCGUGCUCCCGCAGUUGGUCGGCGCUGUCCUCCUCAUCUAUGCGCAGUGUGUCAUUGCGGCGGUAUUCCGGGUAUUCCCCUUCUCUGCUAUGGCGUCCGAUAACCGUACCGAGCGGCGCAACGCUGUCUUCCUACCUCUUUACCCCAAGUCGUUUCUGUGGCCGCAACUAUUCGGUCCCUGGCACGUCUGGGUACCUACGAUUAUUGUAUGGCUGAUGAACUUCACGAUCCCUCUAUUGAGUAGUUUGUAUACCGUGGUGCUCGUUGAUGGCGUCUGGAGGUGGUCUACUGUCCAGGGUGUGGCUUGGACUUUAGUGGCCUUGUAUGUGUCGUUGCUUGUGUCAACGAUUGUCUUGUUCGUCUUCUGGCGACAUCGAAGGACCGGCAUGAUUGAGACGUGGGACGUUCGAAGCAUCGCAGACGUUGUCUUCCUCCUAGCACCAAGCAACUCAUUACCCCAGUACCGCGGUCUCGAGACGGCGGCCACACGUGGAAAGAUGAGGAAGAUACUCGGUGGCACAGCGGAGAGACUUGGCUACUGGACGACACCCGAGGUUCCCGAAAACAAGAUCUUCUGGGGUAUUGGGGUUCCUACGACUAAGGAGGAUCUCGAGCUGGAGAAAGCGGAUAACAAGAACUGGGCUGCGGUACGAGACGAGUCUCGUCCUCUGACGCUACCGGAUGUCGAGGACCCAAAGCAGCCAUGGACGGCGCGUUUCCGUUAUCUUCCUUGGUGCUUCCGUGAUAGCCAGAUCAUCUUUCUGGUCGUUGCGGUGACAGCUUUAUUGCUCGUCCUCUUCGUUGUUUCGUUUCUCCCCUCCACCGACCUGCGGGAUGGUUUCCUUCCUCUCUUGAGCGCGGCUCCUUUGGCGGGCGCGUUUUCCCCAGCCGACUUCCUCUAUUCGUUUCUCCCUUCUCUCAUUGGGCUCGCUCUAUUCCUUGUAUUCCAGUCUCUCGAAUCCACGUUGCGCAUCCUAGCGCCGUGGGGCGAGUUAGCACGCGAGGAAGGAUCUCGCGCAGAGAAGUCCCUCCUCCUGGAUUACGCAACAUCCCUACCGUGGCAAUCAACACUCAAGGCUAUCAGGCUGAAGCAUUGGCGUGUGGCUGCAGUUACUUUUCUAGCACCCUUAUUCGUGCUAAUUCCCGUUCUCAGUGGUGGGCUCUUCAUGGCGUUGACACCACCAUCUGGUGUCGUACACGUAUAUCCCAACGUGCCGAUAUUUGCGCUUAUCCUUGCCCUCUUGCUCCUGUACCUUGUCGCCUUGAUCUCGCUCGUUCCCAGUCGAAAACAGUUUCGGCUCCCCCACGCUGUCACUUGUUUGGCCGAGAUAAUUAGCUUCUGCUGCAACGAGCAGUUGCGCACGGACGAUGCCUUUGACCAGGUUAAAAUAAGUACACGGACUGAUUUGAGAGCUGCACUCGACUGCGGAAAGGACUGGCAUCGCCAAGGUCGCUGGACUUUCGGUACUGGCAAGAAUGGCGAAGAGAGGCUGGGUAUCAAGCGCUACAGCAAAUUUACCGUUAAUCCGACGAAACUGCGACAGUACGACAAGUAUAUCAGAGAAAAGUCUAUAUCGGCACCUUUGUUUAACGACAGCGGGGAGUUGUAUGGGCAUUAUUAGAUUCAUUGUCACUCUUCAAUUCGAGGCGCUUUUGGCGCCACCAUGUAUAAACUUAGAAAGAAAGCGAUUUGGUGCAUUUUAGGGUAAUCGGUUGGCAUAAUUGGAUUUACGGCGAGUACGGAUUUAUGAAAUAUCUGGGUUUAUGAACGGAUGAGGCAUGAGUGUCACGGCGUUAUGAGAUACGGGCUGAUGAUUUAUCAUGAGAUUGGGAUUACAUAUCACACAACGAUAACUUGGGCGAAAGGAAUCAUAAUUGAACUUGGAUUAUUGAGGGGGAUGUUGGCAUACAAAUUUCUUUUCUUAGUUUUGCCGUUGUGCUGCGUGA